AUGUGCGACAAACAGUAUCCUACCUGCAAAAACUGCAUCCGUAAUGGUUUUCUUCGUGAAGACUACAGCAACACGGGCAGUCGUUGUAUUCACAAGGAUGGUCAGAAGAUCAGAGCAAUGUCGCCUCCUCAUACGGCGAGAGUGCUGCAGUCCAAAAGACCCCAUCCAACCUUCAUCAACCCACCAUCAGAUUUCAUGCUCAACUAUAACCCAAAUGAUCGAAAAAGCCUUCAAACCUCUAAUCCCAAAACCCUAACCGCAGUGCCUUUUUCUAUGGGGCCGAUACCUGCGACGACAACAUCUAUGCUCGUGCAUCAAGACAACAACAGCAGAGUUCAGUGGAUCGCCUUUGACACCUUUGACUUCUCCCGCGACCGCGUCAAGACUGAAUACACGAUCCGCGGUGACAUGGAGACCGUCCAUAUAGACAAUCUAGCCGCGGAUUUCAAGGAGGAAGCUGCAUUUAUCCUUGAGCCUGGUUCGCGGACUGAUACAGAGGCAGCCGCUUGACUUACAAAACUGAAUGCAGCACUGUGGGCUGGGCAUUGGCUGAAUUGAACACUGCAUUGCACCGCAAGAGAGGAUUGAUCCAGAUGGCCGUUAACGCCUGGCGGAACAGCAAUUUGGACCCUUCG